AGUCCGCCGAGAGGUGAGCACAAUGAAUCUUGAAGUCCUUAUAAGUUUAGUGCAAGAGCGAAGUGCUAUAUAUGAUCCGUGUAAUCCCUUGCACCGGAAUAGGGAUGCCAUAGCUGCUUUAUGGAAGGAUAUUGCUGCAGAAAUUAAAUGCACAGAAACCGAAUGCAAGGAAAAAUGGCGCAAUCUGAGGAGCAACUUCAUGAGAGAAAUGAGAAAGAUCAGGGACAAACCAACUGGGUCACCAACCGCCAAAACCAGGAGGUGGGUCUUCUACGACGCCAUGGAAUUCCUCAUCCCCCACGUGACGCCACGAGGAGCAACGUCUUCAAAUGCUCCGACGCCCCCUGAGGAGGACGCGAGUUCUGAAGUGUACGACGCCCCUGACAACCCUUCAACCUCCGCUCUCCAGGACGCGCCUGACGACGCAUCUGUUCAAGAAACGAAAUUCUUUAUCACAGACGCCAUCAAAAAACGUCCCAACGAUAAUGGAGGUGAAACUGAUCCGGAGUUCUCAGGGCAACUGAAGAAGAUGCGGGAACAAGCGGCUUCUAGAACUCUAGACAUUGACCCAGAUCGCCAGUUUCUGUUGAGUCUGCUGCCUCUAAUGAAACAACUGUCGCCCCGUGACAGUAUAGACGUCAGGAUAGAAAUACUCGAAGCCUUUCGUAGGAAGCUCUUCAGACCAGCCCCACAUACACCGUCAUCAUCACAUACUAGCGAUAAAACCUCUGAGCACUAGGCCUAAGAGAGAGAGAGAGAGAGAGAAGAGAGAGAGAGAGAGAGAUUAUUGGAGGCCAUAACUGUAU